AUCGAUUUAGCGAUCGUCAUCCGGGGAUUUUAGAAGGCCAAUGAUGGCGACUGAAAAUACGCCUCGAAAACUUGCAGAUUUGCGUGUUGUUGAUUUACGCCAGGAAUUAGAGAAAAGAGGUUUAGAUAAAACUGGAGUGAAAGCUGUAUUAACAGAGAGAUUGCAAAAGGCAUUGGAAGAGGAGGGGCAGAACCCUGAAGAAUUUGAUUUUGAAUCUACAGCCACACCUAAAAAAGGAGGAACUGCUAAAGUCAUUGAUAAAUCGGAGGAUAAAGAUGAAAUUCAGGAAAAGGAAGGUGAAGAUGAAGAGUUGGAUGAAUCUUUACUGACCUCAGAGGACGGCAAAGUAGAGAAUAUUGAUGACAUAGCUAUUGAUGAUAACAAACUUCUGGAGGAUGCACCAGACACAACAGAACCUAUGGAGACUGAUGUCAAACCUUCCAGUGAAGAAGCUGAAGUCAAGCAGGAUUCUGGAGUUGCUGUAGAAGCCACAUCAGAAUUGAAACAGGAAGAGGAAUCUGAGACAGCUAAAAAUGAUGGUACCCCGGAGCCAGCAACUGACAGCAAAAUUAAUGUUCCAGCUGCUCAGUCUACACCUAGUGUUGAAGUGGAGGUCAAAAACGAAAGCCAAGAAGUAACUCCUAAAUCUUCUGAAGCAAAGAAAGAAUCUCCCAACAGUGAAGCGGCACAGACUGACGUAAGCACCAAGCCGGAGACGUCAAAUCAAUCCAACUCAGAAGAAUCUGCUCCGGCCACCUCCAGUGUUACGUCGAGUGUUCCAGAGACUGCUCAAGAGGAGAAAAAAACUGCUCCAGACACAACACAGAAUCCAGAGGAGCCCGAACCUUUAGAUGUUCAUGUGGACGACACACAAAAUGACCUAGAUUCUGAUAUUCUUGAAAGUAAAGCUCUUAAAUCUAAUAGUAAAGAAGUAACAGCUCAGAGUAGUGAGGCAAUGGAGACAUCUGGAGGUGAAGGAGCCCCAAGCAGUUCUACCGUCGCAAGCUCAGAGAGUAACCAGGAAAGUUCAGGUACUGAAAAGGUCGACGCUUCCAAAACUACCGAAGCCGAUUCUACGCUCUCUUCCACCACCACCACCACCACCCCCAGGCCUGGAGAAAAGACGGAAGACAGCAAGUCCAAAAGUACUGACACCAAGGAGCCGAAAAAGGAUGAUAAAGGAAAAGGCACCUCUGGUAGGAAUCUCUGGGUCAGUGGACUCUCGUCAUCGACUCGGGCGACGGAUCUGAAAUCCUUAUUCAGCAAAUAUGGGAAGGUGGUGGGGGCUAAGGUCGUGACCAAUGCUAGGAGUCCGGGGUCCAGGUGCUAUGGAUUUGUCACCAUGUCUACAGCUGACGAGGCAUCCAAGUGCAUCCAACAUCUACAUCGCACAGAACUCCAUGGGAAAAUGAUCUCCGUAGAGAGGGCUAAAAAUGAGCCAGGGGCACAAGCAAAGGCACUGGCUAGUACUCCUAAUGGGAGCCCAACAAGUCGUGGGACGAAAACUGAUGACAAAAAGGCACCCCCAGUGAAACGGGAUGAUAGAGGUAAGAGAGAUGACAAGAAACCAGUGGAGAAGAAGGAUGAAAAGAAAGAUGUGAAAAAGGAUGAUAAAACACCAACAAAGAAGGAGGACAAGAAGGACAGUGGCAAGAAAGACUCGCACUCUGCCAGAAAAACCACUCCUAAAAAGGCUGAUGACAAGUCAAGAACGGUGGUGAUGGACAAAGAGAAAGGAGAACCAGUGGUUGUUGUCAAGGAAGAGGAAGCGAAAGAGGCCAAGGAAGGAGCACCUGUGGUAAGGGCUAAGUCUACCACGUCCACUCACUCCAAGGACAAGACUGACCACAAAAAGGAGGAGAAAAAAGACCUCCUAUCAUUUGAUAAGAUCAAGGAGGAAAGAGAGAGGGAGAGAUUGCGUCAGCGGGAACGUAGAAUGAGGGAGGAAGAAAGGAAGAAACGAUGGGAGAUUGAGCAGGAGAAGAAAAGACAGAGAGAUGUUCACAUGAAACAAAGAGCUGAAGCAAUACGCCUGGCACGAGAAAGGGAAAAACUAAGGAGGGACAGGGACCAGUUGGAGAAGGAGAAAUUAGAGCUGCAGAGGCUGGAGAAACUGAGGCUGGAGCAGAUCGAAAGAGACCGACUGGAACGGGAAAGGGAAGACAAGAGACGGUUAGAGCAGCUCAGGCUCGAGGCAGAACAAAUGAGAAGGAUGGCUAUGAAGAGGCCAUAUGAAUCACGCGGAGCUCGAGAGGAGUUCUGGACAGAGCCUAAGCGGCAGGCCAUCUCUGAUGCACGAUUCACCUCUAAUUCUUCAUUUACCUCAGACAGAUUAUAUGAUGAUAGCAGAGACAAUAGAAUGUCUGACAGAAGUCAAACCGCUGCCUUUGACAGGAAAGUGGAACGCUACGACAGACGUGAGGAUAGAGUGGCAGACUCCAGGGACAACCGUGGAGAUAGGUCAUUCGGAGACAGGCGAGAGCGGGACAACUUCAGCCGAGACGGCCGUCAGGAUCGAAGAAGUAAUGAGAGAUUUGAUCGUGAAAGAGAUCGAAGUAAUGUUCGUGAUGACAGAAGAGACAAUUUUCAGCGGGAUAGAUCAGACAGACGAGAUGAUCGGGACAGUGAUAGAAGAGGGGCUAGAACUCCACCUCGAGAUAGUCGAUCAGAAUGGAAGUCAGAGAGGGAGAGACAGGGAGGGAAUGACACCAGGAUGGUUGUUCGGGGCUCAAGUUCUGGUCGGGAUAAUUGGCAGGGAGGAAGUAGUGGCUCCAAUCUACAGGACGACAGAGGUCGAUCUCGUGUGGGGAUCACUCACAAUCCCGGACCAGGUCUGCUUGGUAGUGCACCAAGCUCACAAAGGAACUGGGGAAGCAGCUCUGAUAGAAGUAAAGUCGAGAGCAGCUGGUCUGCAUCCAGGCAGCAGAUGGAGAGCAGGAGCUCGGGAUCUCAGCAGCAGGAACGCUGGACCGGGGGAAGUUUAGGUCUGCAGGCUGAUGCUCGUCAGCAGACCUUUGGGACUCAGAUGGCGGGGGGUAUACUGGCCGCAGGAGUUCCUAACAUGUUGCUAACUUCCGUACCACAAGCUGCAGGAAUGGUACUGACCAAUACGUCCCUUACGAGAGGUCAAGCGGAGCCUAGAUUUGAUGCCUAUAAGAGCAUGCAGAGUCAGUUUAGAAGAUAUUGAAGAAUUAUUGUAGACUCUUUGUGCAUGAAAAACAAUUUGUGCAUGCAAAUUUUACUUUCAUUUAAUCACUGUACAUUUGAUCAUGAAAUGAUUUUAAUUCAUUGUACAUAAAAUUCAAUCCCAUUCAUACAACACAAUGUCAUUUGAAUAAAGAUUACUAUGAAAUGUUCAAUAAAAA